GAGAGGGAAGAAGUAGAUGAGUCAGGAGAAAAGGUGUGGCCAAUCCAGGCCCCCUAAUCCCAAAUUAUCUAGUUUAGCCCCCGUCUCCGCCUCGCGCUCUCAGAUUAGACGUGUGGGCCAGAAUCAAAAUAAAGGCACCGUACGUCUCUCUGUCUCUCUGCAGACAGCUCCUCAACCAAGAACAAACUCUCAACAUACACAGAACAAACGUUCCUGUCAAAAACAUAUUAUUUGGGGUGAGGAAUUGUGUUGUGGACAGCUCACCGACCGUACACAUGGCUCUACUGAAGUCAGGCUGGCUCUGGAGACAGACCUCUAUCCUAAAACGCUGGAAGCUGAAUUGGUGUGACCUGUGGAUCGAUGGAAGCCUGGCCUUCUACAAGACGGAGCGCAGGCGAGAAUUUGAGCACCGAGUGGGUCUCAAGACCAGCUGUGUGAGCGUCAAGUCUGGCCUGGAGUGUGCAGGUCUCUCUCCCCCAGAGAACCACCCCAGGGAAAACCUGGUGGAGGUGCAGCUUAGAGACGGCACCACAGUGAUCCUGUGUGCCAACAGUGAGGACGAGGCACUAGCAUGGAAAUUGACAAUUCUAGAGGUGAGACGAAACCCUUUUGCGUAUGACCCGUAUGACGACUCCUACCCAUCCGUCCCAAUGGACGGCCACAACACCAUCUACUUGGCUCCUGGAUCAGGUACCCACCACAUACUGAUCCAGAGAGACCCAUACGAUGGCAUAGGAGAGCAGGUGGCACUGGGGCUACUGGCAGGAAUGGCGGCAGGCGCUGCUAUGCGCUCCUUCCUCUGGAUGCCCUUCUUGUUCUGCUGAUAUAGAAGGCCUCUGAACUGGACCGGGCUGCUUGCUUGGGCAGCCUCCCCUAGUGCGCUAGCUCCAUGAGCAGGGAGGCACGGCUGGGAAAUGCACAGGCUCAUAUAUGUAGGAGUGCUGCUGUAGGCCUCACUCCUAAAAGUCUUAUUUUUUUGUCAUACUUGAGUAAAAGUAAAGAUACCUUAAUAGAAAAUGACUCAAGUAAAAUUGAAAGUCACCCA